AUGACCCGCUGUGAGGCCGCCUCGCCGGCGCUGGCCCUGGUGCUCCUAGUGGUGGCCCUGACUUGUGUCGGAGUCCAGGGCGCAGCUCUUGGGGAUCUGGACUAUUAUGCGCAGGAGGUUUGGAGCACGGAGCCCUACUACACGAGGCCAGAGCCAGACCCCGAGCCUUUCUCGCCAUCGCGGCCUGCUGCUGUUGGAGAGGAGGGGCAUGAGCUGCGGUCCUCAGAGCAGAAGCCGCCCAAGAGGGCGCCCAAGCCAAAGAAAGCUCCCAAGAGGGAGACGUUAGCGCCAGAGACGCCGCCACCAGGUAAAAACAGCAAAAGAAAGGGCCCAAGGACCAAGAGCUCUGAGAAGUAUGCUGGGGAUGACCACAGUGUCCACACAGGCCAUGAAGAUGUCAAAGAGAGUUGCCCACCUCUUGGCUUAGAAACCUUAAAAAUCACAGACUUCCAGCUGCAUGCAUCCACAGUGAAGCGUUACGGUCUGGGAGCCCAUCGUGGGAGACUCAACAUCCAGGCUGGGAUCAACGAGAAUGAUUUCUAUGAUGGGGCAUGGUGCGCCGGCCGCAGUGACCUGCACCAGUGGCUGGAGGUGGACGCCAGGCGCCUGACCAAGUUCACGGGUGUCAUCACUCAAGGAAGAAGCUCACUGUGGCUGAGUGACUGGGUGACCUCCUACAAGGUCAUGGUGAGCAAUGACAGCCACACCUGGGUUACUGUCAAGAAUGGAUCUGGAGACAUGAUAUUUGAAGGCAACAGUGAAAAGGAGAUCCCAGUUCUCAACAUGCUGCCCGUGCCCAUGGUGGCCCGCUACAUCCGGGUGAACCCACAGUCGUGGUUUGACAAUGGGAGCAUCUGCAUGAGAAUGGAGAUCCUUGGCUGCCCGCUGCCAGAUCCCAAUAACUAUUACCACCGGCGGAAUGAGAUGACCACCACGGAUGACCUGGACUUCAAGCACCACAGCUACAAGGAAAUGCGCCAGCUGAUGAAGGUUGUAAACGAGAUGUGCCCCAACAUCACCAGAAUUUACAACAUUGGCAAGAGCCACCAGGGCCUGAAGCUGUAUGCCGUAGAACUCUCGGAUAACCCUGGGGAGCACGAAGUUGGUGAGCCUGAGUUCCACUACAUCGCCGGCGCUCAUGGCAACGAGGUGCUGGGCCGGGAGCUGCUGCUGCUGCUGCUGCAGUUCCUGUGUCAGGAGUACCUGGCCGGUCAUGAGCGCAUCGUCCGCCUGGUGGAGGAGACCCGCAUUCACAUCCUGCCGUCUCUCAACCCUGAUGGCUACGAGAAGGCCUCCGAAGGGGGCUCGGAGCUGGGGGGCUGGUCUCUGGGGCGCUGGACACAUGACGGGAUAGACAUCAGCAACAACUUUCCUGACCUCAACACAUUGCUGUGGGAGGCCGAGGACCGACAGGAAGUCCCCAGGAAGGUGCCCAACCACUACAUCGCCAUCCCUGAGUGGUUUCUGUCAGAAAACACCACGGUGGCCGUGGAGACCAGGGCGGUCAUAGCCUGGAUGGAAAAGAUCCCCUUUGUGUUGGGCGGCAACCUGCAGGGCGGAGAGCUGGUGGUGGCCUACCCUUACGACAUGGUGCGGUCCCUGUGGAAGACGCAGGAGCACACACCCACACCCGAUGACCACGUGUUCCGCUGGCUGGCCUACUCUUACGCAUCCACCCACCGCCUCAUGACAGACGCCCGCAGGAGGGUGUGCCACACGGAAGACUUCCAGAAGGAAGAGGGGACAGUCAACGGGGCUUCCUGGCACACCGUGGCGGGAAGUCUCAAUGAUUUCAGCUACCUUCACACCAACUGCUUUGAGCUCUCCAUCUACGUGGGCUGUGAUAAAUACCCACAUGAGAGCCAGCUGCCCGAGGAGUGGGAGAACAAUCGAGAGUCCCUGAUCGUGUUCAUGGAGCAGGUUCACCGCGGCAUCAAAGGCCUGGUGCGGGAUUUACAUGGAAAAGGCAUUCCAAACGCCAUCAUCUCCGUGGAGGGUGUUAACCACGACAUCCGAACAGCCAGCGAUGGGGAUUACUGGCGCCUCUUGAACCCGGGAGAGUACAUAGUGACGGCCAAGGCAGAAGGCUUCACAGCAUCUACAAAGAACUGUAUGGUUGGCUACGACAUGGGGGCCACUCGCUGCGACUUCACGCUGAGCAAAACCAACCUGGCCCGGAUCAGGGAGAUCAUGGAGAAAUUUGGGAAGCAGCCGCUCAGCCUGCCAGCCCGGCGGCUGAAGCUGCGGGGGCGAAGGAGGCGGCAGCGAGGGUGACCUCUCAGACCUUCGGGGCUCGACUCGGACCAAGGCAGAGGACGGCAACCCCAGCAGCAGCUGCCUCAUAGCAGCCUUGCUCACUGUUGUCCAGAGGCACCCCCAGGAGUGUGUGUGGGCAUUGCCAGGCAGAGCCCAAAGGGCGUUUUCUUUUCUUGGUUCCCAUUUAUCUGAUCCUUCGGGCAGCUCGGCAGAGAGAAGUUGGCGGGAGGGAGAGAAGUCAGUGAACCGAUCUGAGCAUCAGAGGAGGAAGGAGCUGGCCUGUUCAGCCUCCUUCAGCACAGCCCCUCCCCCCUCCCUCGUGUGACAGCAGGCAUUCCUGGGCAUCGGCAGUGGGCCCAGCUAAAGCACCGUGGGCCCCGAGCCCUGCUAUACCUGGUGCUGCAGUUAGAUGCCCAUGGCCAUCCCUAGAAUCUCCCCUUGCCAGCCCCAGGACAUUCGGAGCUGCAGCAAAAGGCCCUGGUUUCUGUGACAAUAGGCAUUUCCUUGGAGCAUCAGCAAGCCAAUGAAUGCACGUUCCCAAGAGGGGAGGCAUGCUGCUGCGGUGGGUCCAGGGCAACACCACGCCACAGCGGAAGCCUGCGUGCUUGUCACGCGAGCUUGGUCUGCAGGGAGCCCUCUCGGCCCUUCCAGAUCAGGAGUGCUGGGGUACCCAGGGUGGGAGGACCAGAGUGCCAGCUUUCCCAAGGGCCCACACAUGUUAGUCUGGCUCUCCUGUUUGGCCUGCUAGGGCUGUGAAGGAGCCAGGAGGAGGCUGAGUUGGCAGCUCCAUCUGCUCGAGGUGUCACCCCCUGGCACGGACAUCCACACUCCUGAGCUGGCCCUACACCAGUGUGCAAAUUGUUUGCAAUGUGUGGCAAUAUCUUCCAAAUUAAAUGAA